AUGCGGAGAGCUGUCAAGUACUCACUACGCGACUCUCGAGUUUCCUCGCAACGCAAUCCGGCUCCAGCAUCCUCUCCGCUCACACAAGAGAGCGAUUCCCCACGAUCAAUCACGGGAAAUGCGACUUAUACCUCUCAAAAGACACCUCUUCAACCACAGAGCUCGAAAACAAGUCACUUCGAGAGCGUAGACGACAUCCUUGAAGAUGACCACGGGUCAUUCGGGUAUUUGGCUCAAGGCGUUGAGACUUCCCGCAUAUCCCUAAACGAGGUGGUCAGCUCUCUCAAUGAUUCAGCUCAUCCUCCAUCUAUCCCUUCCCUCGCCGCCCACACGGCCGUCCGCCACACUUUCACCAACGACGUCCCUGACAUUCGAGCCUCGCCUACUCUUCCUCUCUACAACGGCCCAUAUUCGGCCGUCUUUCAAGGUUUCUAUGAUGACGGCCAUCGUCAGGAAGAUGUCGCAAUUAAAGUAGUCAAACCCGUCGGCCCUACGCACUCUAUACGACGGAGACGUCGCCGUGAGGUUAUUACUGGGAUGAACCUCCAUCAUAUGAACAUUCUACCGGUCUAUGGAGUUGUCAUGGACAGUUUCGGUCCGUUUGGCGGAAUUGUCACACCAUGGUGUAUGAAUGGCAAUGCUGUGCAAUAUCUUCACAAGUAUAACCUUUCGCCCCUCGAAAGUCAGCCAUUUGUCUCCCACGGACGCGGGGACAACGGUGGUUGCGAAUGGUUGGGUGGGAUCAAUACUACAAGCGCACAUACGGGUACACCGCGAUACCUCGCGCCUGAGCAAGUCGAUCUCAAUCGUCCGUCUCAACCGACCACGGCGACGGACGUGUACGCUGUGACGUGUAUUGGAUUCGAGUUUAUCUACUUAGUUGUACCUUACGCUCAUCGUGAGCAUAACCUCCAGGGACAAAUUUUUCACGACAUUCGCCACGGUGUCCCACCCGCACCUCGACCACGCACCGCGACCGUCCAAAACUCGUCGUCGUCUGAUGACACCGCUAUUUUGUCUUUCGUAGAUGGCAUCGUUAUUCUAUGGGAUAUUUUAGAGUUGUGCUGGAGUCGCGAUCCUCGCCGUCGUCCAAGUGCGGCAGACUUGCGCGCAUGGUUGGUGCAGUACGAGGGCGUAAUUGUCGAUGCACUCGAUAAUCGAGUGUAA